AUGUCGAUCCGCCGGCUGGGCGCUUCGGAUUUUCGCGGAGUCCGCGAGCGCCGCUCCGGCGCCUUCUCCUCCGAGAUCUGGUUUCGCAAGAAACGUCUCAUCCUCGGCACCUUCGACACCGCAGAGGAGGCGGCCCGCGCGCACGACGCGGCGGUGUGGCGCCUCCUGAGGCCUCGUCGGGAUAUGAAUUUCCCCGACGUGUCGAGCCAGCGGGCGCAGGAUCUGGCGCCUCUCCCGCGGCUUUUCACCGACGAGGAUCGUCGUGACAUCGUCGAUGAGCGCCAGUUCUACAAGCAAAGGAGGUUGGAGAGGGACGCGAGGAGGACGGAGCGAGCCGCCUAUCGGGAGGACAAGCGUUCGCGGAAGCAGGCCGCUCAAUUGAAACUAAAGCUACGAGAAACGUCGGGUUGGGACUUUGAAGACGAGCAGCAUGCUGACGCCUACAUUCAGACGUCGGAGGAGGACAUUACCGAGUCGGUGUCAGAAAGCGACGAGUAG